AUGGAGAGAGUUGAUGAAUCUAAUUUGGCUGAUCGUUCCAAGUUGAAUGAAAAUGAAAGGGAUGUCCAUGAUCGUGGGAAACCUCUUAUCUUGAACAAGGGGUUUACGAAUAGGGUUUUCAAGAUUGAUGGUAAUACUCGGCUGCCGCGUAGGGGAAUUGUUCAGAAUAUACAAUCGGAACCGAAGAAAAUCAAUGUCAUUGAUGAACUAAUUAAGAUUACGGAGCCGGUGCUGGAUGCUAAUCUGGGGCAGGGAAUGUCGGCUACCGAUGAAACUGGGAACAAGGGUGCGGAUGUGACUAAACCUAGAUCUUACGCGGAUUCGGUGAAAAAUCAGAAUGUUCAACAGGUGAAUUUCAGGUCUCUUGCUUGUUCGGUGCAACAUGAGGAUUGUGACAUCGUUCUUCCUGUGGAAUCUGUUCGGGUAGUACAGGAUAAGUUAGCGAACACCUUGUAUGGAUACUUUUUGGGAGACCGUAUUGCGUACCCUGUGGUUGAUUAUUUUGUCAAGAUUAACUGGAAAAAGUUUGGUCUGCAGAAGUCAAUGAUGAACGCAAAUGGCUUUUUCUUUUUUAAGUUCGAAGACCAGAAAGGGAUGUUGGAUGCUUUAGCUGCUGGUCCGUGGAUUAUUAGAUCGCAACCGUUUUUCCUUCAAGAAUGGACACCUACUACAAAGUUAGAGAAAAAGGAGGUUAAGAAAGUUCAAGUUUGGGUUAAAGUUCAUGAAGUUCCGAUUGCGGCAUAUACGGAAGACGGCCUUAGUAUGAUUGCGACUGCCAUAGGUGAGCCGAAAAUGCUUGACUCGUAUACUACGUCUAUGUGUGUAGAUAAUUGGGUUCGUACUAGUUUUGCACGUGCCCUCAUUGAGGUGACAGCGGAAAAAGAGCUUAAAGAAAAAAUAACUAUGGCUAUCCCCAACCUGAGUGGUGAUGGAUUUAUGAAGGAAACGAUGUACGUUGAAUACGAAUGGAAUCCUUUAAGAUGCUCGUCAUGUUGUGUCUUUGGUCACUCCAAUGAAUCUUGUCCUAAGAAUCCGAAACCUGCUAUUCAGAAAGGUGGUAAGUUGCAAGCUAAUCAAGGUAGACCGCAGACAAAGUCUACUCCUAGAGUUGAUGAUGAUGGUUAUAUGGGAGUGCAUAACAAGAAAGUGGCCAGGAAAACGGGUAUAAACAUCCCUAAACCGAAACCAAAGUUUGAGUAUAGACCGAUCUCUAAUAGUCGUAAAGCUGAUUUGAAACUUAAGUCAGUCUCCCCGAUUUUUCAAUCCUCAAACCCUUUUGAUGUGUUAAAUUCGGUUGAAGCGGAUGAAGGGCAAAGUAGUAAACAACAUAAUGGGGAUGGAUUUGACGACUCUGAUGAUGAGGAGGUGAUAGAAAUAUAUAACGAGACGAAUGAUUUUCUGGUGGGGGAAUCCUCAAAACCGAGCGACAUUAAAGGGGCAAGCACUCCUUCUCCAAUGGUUACUGAUGUUUUUCGUAAUUGGGAGUGGACAUCUAACGGUGGCCAUUGUGACAAAGGAACUCGUAUCAUUAUUGGAUGGGACCCGGAUGUAUUUGAUAUAAUAGUUUUAGCUCAAACGUCUCAAGUGAUACAUGUUCAAAUGAUGAUUAAAAGCGAUAAAAAGGUUAUCUUCUGUUCGAUUGUUUAUGCAUCUAAUUUCUAUAUUACUAGGAGAGAAUUGUGGAGCCACUUGGCUAGACAUAAAAUUCUGGUAGAUAAUAAUCCUUGGGUUUUAAUGGGGGAUUUUAACUCCGCUUUGAAUUUGGAAGAUAAAUCGAUGGGAUCCUCUGGUAUAUCUACUAGUAUGCAGGAGUUUCAAGAAUGUGUUAAUCAUCUUCAAGUGGCGGAUAUUAAAAGCAUAGGGUUCCACUUCACGUGGACUCAAAAGCCGAAGAAAGGAGUUGGCUUAUUAAAGAAGAUUGAUAGGGCUAUGAGUAACAUUCAAUUUGUUAGUGAUUACCCGGAAGCGGUUGCGAUGUUUCAACCAUAUCGAGUCUCUGACCAUUGCCCGUGCAUUCUUAGAAUUAACAAGACGAAUAAUUGGGACCUGACCAUUUCGGGAGUGCACCAAUUUCGGCUGGUUAAAAAGCUUCGAGCUCUAAAGUCUCCUCUUAGAUCUCUUUUAUUUAAGCAGGGUAAUCUUCAUAAAAAGGUAGAAGAGUUACGUGGGAAAUUGGAUGCUAUUCAAAGGGAUGUAGAGAGAGAUCCCUUCAAUGAAAAUGCUAGACGUGAAGAAGUCACGGCUACUCGUGCUUUCCAAGAAGCGUGUCUGGAUGAGGAGCGAUUUCUAAAGCAAAAAUCUAAAGUGGCUUGGUUACGAGCGGGGGAUGCUAACUCUAAAUUUUUUCAUUUGUCGCUGAAAUCUCGAAACCAUCGAACUCGUAUUGAAGGUAUUACUGAUAUAAACGGGAUUUUUUGUGAUGGCCAGGCCGUUCCUGAAGCUUUUGUCAACUAUUAUGAGACGUUUUUAGGGAGUGAAGGGGAUAUCUCUUCGGUUCUUUCGCCGGAGAUGUUUCAAAAUCGUCUAAGUCAGAACGUUGCUGAUAACAUGAUUCGUUCUAUCACAGUGGAUGAGAUCAAAUCGGCUAUCUUUGCUAUUGGUAAUGAUAAAGCUCCGGGUCCUGAUGGCUAUACAGCGGCUUUUUUCAAGAGGUCGUGGGAUAUUGUUGGUACGGAUGUUACAAAUGCCGUUAUGGAUUUCUUUAUUUCAGGUCGGUUGCUCCAGGAGAUAAAUCAUACCCUUAUUGUGCUUUUACCUAAAAUGACUACCCCUACUACGGUAAAAGAUUUUCGUCCCAUAGCUUGUUGUAAUGUUAUAUACAAGUGCAUCAGUAAAAUUCUGUCGGAUCGGUUGAAGGUGGCCCUUAAUGACAUUGUCAGUAUUAAUCAAUCAGCCUUUGUUCCUGGUAGGAAAAUAUCGGACAAUAUUCUUCUUACGCAGGAAUUAAUGCAUAAUUAUCAUAAAGAUUAUGGGCCUCCUAGGUGUGCGUUUAAGGUUGACAUCCAAAAAGCUUAUGAUACUGUGGAUUGGAACUUUCUUGAAGACGUCUUGCUGGGUUUCGGGUUCAACCAGAUGAUGAUUAAGUGGAUUAUGCUUUGUGUUGCCACUCCAUCAUAUUCAGGUUAUCAAGGACAAGAUGGUUCCUUUCAAAGAGGGAAAACUAAGGUUUCGUGGAAUUCUAUAUGUAAGCCGAAAUAUGAAGGAGGACUUGGGUUGCGAAGACUUCAAGAUGUUAAUAAAGCUCUUAUGGUUUCACAUAUAUGGAGCAUUAUUACCAAGCGGGAUUCUCUUUGGGUUCAAUGGAUAUACUCUAACAGGAUAAGGAAUACUAAUUUUUGGGAGCGUAGGAUUCCAUCAGUGUGCUGCUGGAGUUGGAGAAAAAUUCUCCAGUUACGACCAACUAUUAGGAAUUUUAUUUGGUCAAAACUUGGUGAUGGUGGGAUGACAUCCGCAUGGUAUGACCGUUGGUGUGAGUGCGGGCCUUUAGCCGGUUUCAUAUCUCCUCGUAUCAUUCAUGCAGCUGGGUUCUCCCUUCAUGAUUCGGUCAAGGAUGUUUGGGCGGAUGGUUCUUGGAAGUGGCCUACGGCUUGGCGAGAUUUAUUUCCGGUUUUGAUUCAGCUUGAUAACAUGCAGCUUAGCCCGAAUCGUAGAGAUCGAUUUCUUUGGAAAGAUGGGGAGAAAUCGUUUGAUCAUUCGUCUGCGUGUGUGUGGGAAUCUAUCCGAGCUAGGGAGACGGAAGUAGAGUGGGUGAAUGUGGUAUGGUUUUCUCAAUGUAUUCCUCGGCAUGCUUUCCUUAUGUGGCUCAUCAUGCGUAGGAAACUUUUGAAUCAGGAUAAAAUUCUACAAUGGGAUCUGUCGAGAAGAAAGAACAUGAACAUGAUGUGCUGCUUAUUGUGCUUAGAAAAUAACGACUCUCUCGAGCAUCUGUUUUUCGAAUGUAAGUUCUCGACUCAGAUUUGGCUCUCAGUUAGGGAUAAGGUGAAUAUGGGCACGGUUGAACCGAAGUGGACAGAUGUGAUGAAUUGGCUCUUAGCAAGAGGGGCGUCUAAAUCGGUUUUCAAUUAUUCUAGUCGCCUCAUAGUUGCAGCUUCAGCGUAUUUCAUUUGGCAAGAGCGUAACGCUAGACUGUUUAAAAAUCAAACGAGACCUCCAGAUAUUAUUACCUCUUUGAUUCUUCAGACAGUUCGAUACAAACUUAUGGGAGCGAAGAACAAGAGAAUGGAGAAAGUCAGACGCUUUCUAGAGCUGUGGGAUAUUCAUGAUGACGUGAUGCUUAACGACGCUGGCUAG